AGACUGUGCACGCUGCUGUCUUCAUUAAUUAAUCAUCCAAGUCGUUAAUGAGACCAGAAAGGCUGGCCUUGCAAGGACGGGCAAAAUUCAAUGAACUAAUUGUAAUGACUAUUCAUCAAAGGGUGGGAAAAGAAAACUACAUUGCAUGAGGGGAAAGGGCCAGUCCAGGCAGGGUACAGAAAAAAAAGAAUCCUGGCGGUGAUGCUGCGGUCGCUGCACUUUACAAUUCUCGAGGAGGACUGACUUUAGUUGCUACGCAAGUCAAAGCUGAUCGUGGUGUUGUACGCUGGAAAAGUACGUGUAGAUUUUGGUCUUCAGCAGACUUUUGUAUAGCAAUAAUGACGUUGGCCAAGUUGCUGUUGUCUGGCAUGUCGCGUCGCGUGAACAUAAUGACGUUCAAUUACUGAAAAGUUUUCUUGCUCCGAUCUCAUAACAAAAUCUUAUCCCUGCAUCCGUCGUGGAGAUGGACUUGGCGGGACUCAGGAAAAUGACUAAAGCAAAGCUAGUGAUUCUUGGACACGACAGCUGUGGAAAGACAGCAGAGGUGACGUAUGGAUGCCGAAAGUUGGUUGAUAAGGACACCAUUGAUCUUGAAAUACUAGAUACAGUGAACAAGCUGGAGGAGAGCCAGGUUCCAAACCCUAUGGAGAGCUCCAUCAAGUGGGGAGACGGCUUCCUCAUCAUGUAUUCUGUCACGGACCGCAAGAGCUUUGAAUUGGUCUCGCGUCUGAAGCGGCUCAUUGACCAUGUCAAACCAACAUCAGGCAUUCCUAUUGUGAUCGUUGCCAACAAGUGUGACAUGGAGAAUGGACGAGUGGUGCAGAGAGAAGAAGGAGAGGCCAUGGCAGGUCACCUGAGGUGCAGCUUCUUUGAAUUGUCAGUAGCGGAAAGUGGCAGUGCCGUGGAGACCGCUGUGUACCAGCUGAUUCGAGAGCUUCGUGUGGAGUACAGCAAGCACCUGCUGGCGAUGGACACACGCUCACGGAUGCUACAGAUGCGACAUGCCUUGAGGAACAAGCUGACGCGCAGCAAGACCAUGCAGUGGUAAUCUGCCGAGACACAAGAUGACGACCUUGAAACUGUCAUCUGGAAUGACUUCAUAAGAGUGGAGUAGAGAACUUUAAUGCUAAAUGUUGAGGAUGUGUUAUUGCUUGUUAGGCAUUAUGAGAUGAGUGUCCUAUUCUGGGUCUCUGAAUGAGGGCAAACAAUCAUUAAAUGCAGCCUAAUGAAUUAAGAUGAAUGUUCCUGCUGCUCUUCUGGUAAUUACAAACACAACCAUUAGCUACUCAAGCUUAGACUGCUUGAUUAGGGCAUUAAAUUACAUCUUUACGUUUCAAUGACAGUAGUUUGAAUCAUUACGUUUGGAAAAUGAGACACAAACAUAUUUGGUCUCGCUCGUGCAUUUUCAUAUCUUUCUACUCAAAACAGCCAAUGUGACUAGAGCCUGACAUGGCAAGACUUGCAGCAAAAUAAGUGUCUAUAAACACUUUCAGACUUCAAAUGGCUGAGCUUAAUAUAUGCAAUAUUCUGAUGAAAUUCAAAUCUUAUCAGAAAAUCACUAGUCAAGGAUCGGAUCAGGGACAGAAAUAUCUCUUAAUGUGUGCAGAGGACAAUGAAAGAACACAGUUGAUUCACUUUGUCAUUUUAAUUGCAAAAAUGGUAAAAUAAAUAAAUACAAAUUGAUCAAAUGCU